AGGAGUUGCAGACCUGAGAUAAACUUCUUUAGACCUGCAUCUGAUGGCGCCUCACAGACUGGAGGACAGCCAGCAAGAUAACCUUUGGUUUUCUUCUGAACUAUCUGAGCUCAUUUAGAUGAGAAAUCCGGCCUGGGCCAAAGCAAGGAAAACUGACUGUGUAGUUGUCUGGCAAUCUUUCAGACAACUGAGAAAGAGACGUACAAUCUACGUUAAGAAAGCUUUUUAAGCUCUAUCUCUGACUCUGCUGGUGAUCCUACAUUUUUGGGGGGAAAACAGUAAAUGUACUGAAGCGUACAAAUUCCUCUUCUUUCCUGCCUAAGCAAGUUCUAUCUGACUCUGGCAUCAUAACGGAGAACACUGGGACACGUGGAGCUUUUUUAUCAUCAUUUUAUCUCGGCUGGCUUUUUAUUUUGCUGGUCAAUCAAUCGACUGCCUUUCCCUCUUCCAGCCUCUAGCUGACGUGACUGUUAACCCGUCAACUUGUAGUGAUUUUUUGGUUGUCAUGGCAACAGUUCACUGUGAUAUGCUAGAUGCCUUGCUUAAGAUUCAUGUCAAAUGAUCCACUGGGGCUGAUAUGCUUGAUCCAAUUUUGGCUGCAGCUCUCUGCCCCCCUGAUUGUUGAAUCAAUAACCAAUAUUUUUAAUCUGAUGGACUCCCGAGUGGUGCAGCGGUCUAAGGCACUGCAUCUCAGUUCUACAGGUGUCACUACAGACCCUGGUUUGAUUCCAGGUUGUAUCACAAUCCGGCCAUGAUUGGUAGUCCCAUAGGGCGGCUCACAAUUGGCGCAGCGUCGUCCGGGUUUGGCCGGGAUAGGUUGUCAUUCUAAAUAAGAAUUUGUUCUUAACUGACUUGCCUGGUUAAAUAAAGGUUAAAAAUGAAAUAUUAUAUAUGAUACUAUCCCCCAAGGUUUAGAAGGUGGCCCAUGUGCUCCCCUUUCACAAAAGUGAUGACCCUUGUGACCUAAAUAAUGAAUCGCCCUAUUUCUAAAUGUUCUUGACUAGCUAAAAAUAUUAGAAUCCUUCAUUCAUUCUUAAGCUAAGAUAUUUCUUAUCUUUGAAAUGUACAUCGGUCAGGUUGUAGACCAGGUCGUAGCACUAUCUCUGCUCCAUCCAUGGGUCUAAAUGUACAUCGGUCAGGUUGUAGACCAGGUCGUAGCACUAUCUCUGCUCCAUCCAUGGGUCUAAAUGUACAUCGGUCAGGUUGUAGACCAGGUCGUAGCACUAUCUCUGCUCCAUCCAUGGGUCUAAAUGUACAUCGGUCAGGUUGUAGACCAGGUCGUAGCACUAUCUCUGCUCCAUCCAUGGGUCUAAAUGUACAUCGGUCAGGUUGUAGACCAGGUCGUAGCACUAUCUCUGCUCCAUCCAUGGUUCUAAAUGUACAUCGGUCAGGUUGUAGACCAGGUCGUAGCACUAUCUCUGCUGCAUCCAUGGGUCUAAAUGUACAUCGGUCAGGUUGUAGACCAGGUCGUAGCACUAUCUCUGCUCCAUCCAUGGGUCUAAAUGUACAUCGGUCAGGUUGUAGACCAGGUCGUAGCACUAUCUCUGCUCCAUCCAUGGGUCUAAAUGUACAUCGGUCAGGUUGUAGACCAGGUCGUAGCACUAUCUCUGCUCCAUCCAUGGGUCUAAAUGUACAUCGGUCAGGUUGUAGACCAGGUCGUAGCACUAUCUCUGCUCCAUCCAUGGGUCUAAAUGUACAUCGGUCAGGUUGUAGACCAGGUCGUAGCACUAUCUCUGCUCCAUCCAUGGGUCUAAAUGUACAUCGGUCAGGUUGUAGACCAGGUCGUAGCACUAUCUCUGCUCCAUCCAUGGGUCUAAAUGUACAUCGGUCAGGUUGUAGACCAGGUCGUAGCACUAUCUCUGCUCCAUCCAUGGGUCUAAAUGUACAUCGGUCAGGUUGUAGACCAGGUCGUAGCACUAUCUCUGCUCCAUCCAUGGGUCUAAAUGUACAUCGGUCAGGUUGUAGACCAGGUCGUAGCACUAUCUCUGCUGCAUCCAUGGGUCUAAAUGAUGUGGUUAAUUGUAUGGAUAAAACACUGUGCUGCUCUCUGUCAUCGACCUGUCAAAGGCUUUUGAUCCUUUUGAUCAGUCACUGCUCAUUCAGACGCUUUCCUCAACUGGUCGUGAACAGGCUGCAUGGAACUGCUUUCAAAACCACUUAAUGUAUACCUACUCAGGUUUCCUGGAUAUUAGGAAAGGGGUCCCGCAGGGGUCGAUUGAAGUGUCUAUCUUACAUCUAGAAGAUAUAAGAAAGUUCAGGAAAUAUGUAUUUUUUAUGCAUAUUAAACCCCUUUUUUGGGGGGUAUGCACAAAACUACCUCCAGACUGACGUUAUUUAUUUUAACCGGUAACGAGUCCCGUGACACGUGGGGUCACAUUUGUUUGUAGCCCAAAUGGUUCAGACGCUACAAACAGAAGUUGGUACAUUGAGGGCACCGACUUCAGACGAGUCUCGUGGGGCAAAAUGGAGACGGUCCUUCAAUAGACUCUAGUACAGGGGUGGGCAAACUUUUUGGCUUGAAGGGCCACAUCGGGGGAAGCAUUUUUGAGGGACCAAUUGUUUGUUAAAAUUAAUUUGCGUCAGCCUCCCGAAUGGCGCAGCAGUCUAAGGCACUGCAUCACAGUGCUUGAGGUGUCACUACAGACCCAAGUUCGAUCCCAGGCUGUGUCACAGCUGGCUGUGACUGGGAGACCCAUGAGGCGGCGCACAAUUGGCCCAGCGUUGUCCGGGUUAGGAGAGGGUUUGGUAGGCCGAGAUUUCCUUGUCCCAUCACACUCUAGCAACUCCUGUGGCAUCCCGGGCGCAUGCAUGCUGACACGGUCGCCAGGUGUAUGGUGUUUCCUCCAACACAUUGGUACGGCCGGCUUCCUGGUUAAGCGGGCAUUGUGUCAAGAAGCAGUGUAGCUUGGCUGGGUCGUGUUUCGGAGGACACACGGCUCUUAAUAUUUGCCUCUCCCGAGUCUGUAAAGGAUUUUCAGCGAUGGGACAAGACUGUAACUACCAAUUGGAUACCACGAAAUUGGGGGUAAAAAAAAAACAUAUGUUUAUGUCUCGCGGGCCGUGCUAAUGCAGAUUAUUGAACUGAUGUUCCUAACGGUCCUAGACUAUAGUGACAUCAUCUAUAUGAAUGUAGAUGCCACCUCAUUAAAGCCAUUAGAUGCAGUUUGUCAUAGCACACUGCGCUUUAUUACCGGUGACAAUUUUACUGUUCAGCACAGCAUUC